GAACAUUCCACAAUCUUAUGCAACUCAACUCCGAUCGCCAAAUCGAACUCUACACAAAAUCCAACACCCCAAGUAAGCGCCACAAUAAAAGAGAAACCAGACUCUCAAAGAAAACAAAUUUACAAAAACAAAAAGAAAAUGCCACCACGAAUCCCCACCCCCCAAGAUUUCUCCCCCUCCCCCUUCCCCCCCAACUCCCUCACCCUAACCUACCCCAACCCGCCCGAAUCCACCACCUCCAUUCUCCUCCUCUUCCACGGCCUGGGCGACACCCACGCCCCCUUUGCCUCCUUCGCCCGCAACCUUGCCCUGCCGGGGGUCCUGGCCAUUGCCGUGCGUGGCGUGAACCCCCUGCCCGCUGCCCUUUUCCCACCAUCACCAUCACCAACGGAAGGGGGAGGAGGGGAGGCGGGGGGUUAUCACUGGGGAGAUGAUUUGCGGAUUGGGGGAAGUGCCGGUGGGGAAGGGUUGGGGUUGGAUGCGGAUCCUGGGUUUAACAAGGCCAAGGGGUGGAUUAUGGACCGGUUGAUUGGGGAGGUGUUGGUGGGAAAAUGUGGGUGGUCGUUUGGGGAUGUUAUGUUGUUUGGGUUUGGGCAGGGUGGGAGUUUGGCGUUGGGGUUGGCGGCGGGCGUGGGGAAGGGGAGGGUCAGGGUGGAGGAGGUUCAAGUUGAAGUUGGGGGUGGUUUGGGUGCGGAAGGGGCAGUGUUUAAAGGGGUUGUUUCGGUUGGUGGGGCGUUGCCCGCGUCUAUGGUGCCCAGCUUUAGCGCGAGGGAGAAGGCGAAGACGCCGGUGCUGGUGUGUUGUGGAAGGGAAAGUGAGGCGGUGGAUGAGGAUGCGGUUGAGGUGCUCGAGCGGGAGUUUGAGCAGGUCAAAGUGGUGAGGUGGAAGAGGGCGAGCGACGGAAUGCCGAGUAACAGGGAAGAGGCGCUGCCUAUGAUGCAGUUCUUUGCUGAGAGGCUGAGGAGUGGGUGGCUCUAGAGCGAUGGCAUUUGUAAGUAGUGAGGAUGGGAAGCGGGAAAGGGUACAUAUCCAAGGUCCAGCGCAAGGUAAAGCAAGUUAGACUCACCGCAGGGCGUGGUCCUGUGACCGAAUGGAUAUCUCAGCUAACUAUGAAAUCGUUCUGCACGGUUUCGUAGGGCGGGAGGUCAUCGGUUCGAGUUCUGUUUCGAGGUCCUUUCUAGGACAGCUUCAAGUUGCAGCUUGACAGACCCUAGAAGGAAGGCGCCCCUUGAACAGUUCAUGACGAUGGCUUUCCCGCCCGAGCUUUAUGCCGUUUUCUUUUGCCCCACUGUCCUAGGGAGUUUAUUAUCAAAUUAACUUUGACUUUAUGCCGUUUUCUUUUGCCCCGUUGUCCUAG